AUGAAUCCAACGGGGGAGGUGAUUUACGACACUAUGACGGCGCAGUCGCGGCAGGAUGUGACGCAGCCGCACUACGUCUCCUGGGAGCCGGAUGGGCGCUACUUUCGUCAGGAGAAGGUGGGGGAAGGUUCCUACGGGGUUGUGUACAAGUGCCUUGACCGACAGACGGGCCGCAUCGUCGCCGCGAAGCGGAUCUCGCUGAGGCUGAGGGAUGAGGGGGUGCCCGCAACCGCGGUGCGGGAGGUGUCACUCCUGCGGGAGCUGGACCACCCGUACGUGGUGCGGCUCCUGGACGUCUCCCUCCAGGACUACAAGCUGCUCCUCAUCUUUGAGUACAUGGAGAAGGACCUGCAGGGGUUCAUCAAGCAGCGCGCCACCCCGCUCGUGGGAGGGAAGCUGCAGCGCAUUAUGUUUCAGUUGUUGCUGGGAUUGCACGCCUGUCAUAGCCGCCGCUUUGUGCACCGUGACAUCAAGCCGAGUAAUAUACUCAUCAGCCGGGACGAGUCUGUGGUGAAGCUGGCGGACUUUGGCCUGGGCCGCGCCUUCCGCGUCCCUAUGCAGACCUACACGACGGAGGUGAUGACGCUGUGGUACCGGGCGCCGGAGGUCCUCCUCGGCGACAAACACUACCUCCCCGCCGUCGAUAUGUGGUCGAUUGGGUGCGUCAUGGCGGAGCUCGCCAAGGGGACCCCCCUCUUCGCCUCGGAAAACGGCAUCUGUCAGCUGUUCACCAUCUUCAAGGUGCUCGGCACCCCGUCGGAGGCGACGUGGCCCGGCGUGUCGUCGCUGAUGCACUACAACGUCUCCUUCCCCCAGUGGCGGCCCAUCCCGCUUGGCAGCGUCAUUCCGACGCUGGACGCCGACGGGAUCGAUCUGCUGCAGCGCAUGCUGCACUACAGCCCACGCCAGCGCAUCACCGCCUACGAGGCGCUCCGCCACUGCUGGUUUGACGACGUGCGGCGUGAAAUGAGUGAGGAGGGCGCUCUCUAG